AUGCUUCUCUCAUGGCUCACAGGACUAGGGGCUACAGGGGUCUUCCUGUGCGUCCUGCAGAAACUCCUGUUCCCUUACUUCUGGCAGGACUUCUGGUACUUGUUCAAGGUGACGAGUUGUGGAAUUCGGUUGGAGCUGUUCAAGCUGAGAGGGGAGCUGUUUACUGUGCUCGAUAAAUUCCAGAGCCAUGCUAAGAAGCAGCCUCACAAACCUUUCAUCAUCUAUGAGGGAGAGAUCUACACCUAUCAGGAUGUGGACAAAAGAAGCGAUAGAGUGGCUAACGUCUUAUUGAACCAUUCCACGCUGAAAAAGGGGGACACGGUGGCCCUGCUGAUGAGCAAUGAGCCUGACUUUGUCCACAUAUGGUUCGGCCUGGCCAAGAUGGGCUGUGUGGUGGCCUUCCUCAACUCCAGCAUCCGCACCAACUCUCUCCUGCAUUGCAUCCGCAGCUGUGAGCCUCAGGCCCUGGUGGUGGGCGCAGAUUUACUUGAAGCUGUAGAAGAAGUCCUUCCAGAUCUCCCUGAGGGUAUCACUGUUUGGGGGAUGAGAGAUUCUCUUCCACGAGGUGUGAUUUCACUCAAGGAAAAACUGAGUACAGCGUCUGAGGAGCCCAUACCACACAGACACCAUGUUGUCUCAAACCUCAAGUCCAAUUGUCUUUAUAUUUUUACCUCAGGAACAACAGGCCUACCAAAAGCAGCUGUGAUCACUCAGUUACAAGCUCUGAAGGCUUCCGCUGGACUGUGGGCAUUCGGUUGUACUUCUAAUGACAUCAUUUAUAUAACUCUUCCUCUGUAUCACAGUUCAGGAUCUCUCCUGGGAAUUGGUGGAUGUAUUGAGUUAGGUGCCACUUGUGUAUUAAAGAAAAAAUUCUCAGCGACCCAGUUUUGGAAUGACUGUAAAAAGUAUAACGUAACUGUAUUUCAGUAUAUUGGAGAAAUCUGUCGAUACCUUUGCAAACAACCAAAGAGAGAAGGUGAAAAAGAUCAUCAGGUGCGUCUGGCAGUUGGAAAUGGUUUGCGCAGUGAUGUGUGGAGAGAAUUUUUAGACAGAUUUGGAGAUAUUAAGAUUUCUGAAUUUUAUGGAGCAACUGAAGGAAACAUUUGUUUCAUGAACCACACUGGAAAAAUUGGAGCAGUUGGAAGGACAAAUUUCUUUUAUAAACUUUUUUUCUCUUUUGACUUGAUAAAAUAUGAUUUCCAAAAAGAUGAGCCCAUUAGGAAUAAACAGGGCUGGUGCACCAGGGUGAAAAAAGGAGAACCCGGACUUCUGAUAGCUCCAGUGAGUGCAAAGCAUCCCUUUUUUGGUUAUGCUGGGAAUAAGAAGCACACAGAAAAGAAGUUGCUUUAUGAUGUUUUUAAGAAGGGAGAUGUUUACUUUAACACAGGAGACUUAAUUGUGGAAGAAAAGGAUUUCCUGUACUUUUGGGACCGUACUGGGGACACUUUCAGAUGGAAAGGGGAAAAUGUGGCAACCACCGAGGUUGCUGAUGUUAUCGGGGUGCUGGAUUUCAUACAAGAAGCAAAUGUUUAUGGUGUGCCUGUGCCAGGUUAUGAAGGAAAAGCAGGAAUGGCUUCAAUUACUGUAAAACCAAAUAAGUCUUUAGACUUGCAAAAAGUGUAUAAUCAAGUUGUAACAUUUCUGCCAGGUUAUGCCUGCCCACGUUUUGUAAGAAUUCAGGACAAAAUGGAAACUACAGGAACAUUCAAACUACAGAAGUUCUGGUUGGUAGAAGAAGGAUUUAACCCACAGAAAAUUUCUGAUACAAUUUAUUUUAUGGAUAAUUUGAAAAAAUCUUAUGUUCUAAUGACCAAAGAACUUUAUGAUCAAAUUACAUUGGGGGAGAUAAAAAAACUUCCAUUAGCUGGCAAAAGCAAAUUGCAGAAACCUUAA